UAUGCGCAUGCGCGCUGCGUCACAGCCGAUCCGGUUGGAGCUUCCGCAGCGCUCGGUGGUUAGCGGAACCAAAACACGGCUUGACGAGGCCCCUCACGACGACCAGAGCGAGGAUUUGAGGACCCCCACACCCCCCACCGGCCAGGACGCGUCUCCAGAGACACCAGGAAGGAAGGCCGCCCGUGCGUCCGUCUGCACGCGCUACGACAAAGACUUUUUGGAUGAGGGGAGCAUGACGUCCUUCGGCCGGACCGGGCUCCGCGUCCCCUCGGCGCUGCUGCCGCCGCUGCUGCUGCUGCUGAUCCUGGUCCAGAGCCGGCGGGCGGGGGCGGGCCGCCCGGACCGCGCCGGCGUCGUCUUGGCGUCGGAGGAGUACGUGAGCGCCACGGUCAACGCCACGGCCGUGGACGCGCGGGGGCACGCCGUCCACGUCAUGAGCAGCGAAGACGGCACCUACGGGCAGAACUCGCCCAAAGUCGACGCCCGCGCCUUAGUCGUGGUCACGCCCGCGCCGCGCCACGGAGCGGUGGAUCGUCAGGGCUGCGACCCCCGCACGCGCUUUGCGGCUCCUCCUCGCGGCGUCCAGUGGGUGGCGCUGCUGCAGAGAGGAAACUGCACCUUCAAGGAGAAAAUCCUGAAGGCGGCCGCCUUCAACGCCUCCGCCGUGCUCAUCUACAACAACUCCACCAACAAGACCGUCAAGAUGGGCCAUGAAGGUACGGGCGACACGGUGGCGGUGAUGAUCACGGAAAGGUACGGCAAAGACAUCCUGGCCCAGCUGGAGAGGAAUCUGAGCGUGGUGGUGACGGUCGUGGUGGGUCAGCGCAUUCCCAUCAAGAGCGUCAACCGCGGCUCGCUGGUCUUUGUGUCCAUCUCCUUCAUCGUCCUCAUGAUCAUCUCCUCCGCGUGGCUCAUCUUCUACUUCAUCCAGAAGAUACGAUACGGCGCGGCGCCCCACCGCGGCCACCGUCGUCUGGGCGAUGCAGCCAAGAAGGCCAUCGGCAAGUUGAGCACCAGGACGGUGAAGAAAGGAGAUAAGGAGACGGACCCCGACUUCAACCACUGUGCCGUUUGCAUCGAAGCGUACCAGCUGAACGACGUCGUCCGCAUCCUUCCCUGCGAGCACGUGUUCCACAAGACGUGCGUGGAUCCGUGGCUCAACGAGCACUGCACGUGUCCCAUGUGCAAGCUCAACAUCCUCAAGGCCCUCGGCGUCGCGGUGAGUCGGCGUCCCCGCCGCCGCGCGCCGGAUCCCGACGUCGCGUCGGCAACGUGGCGUGCCUUUGCCGUGCAGAGCGGCGUCCCGUGCGCGGACGGCGAGGCGGCGGACGCGGAGCGCUCCGGUGGGAGUCUGGCGCCCGUCGGCCCGAGGGCGUCGCUCGCCCAGCGCGGCGGCGGCGGGGGCGGGCCCGCCGUCAGCCUGGAGCCACUGAGCCCGCCCUGCCCGGAGGCCCCGCCCCGCUCCCCCGCUGACAUCGCCAUCGCCGGCACCGGUGGUCACUUCUUCACGUCGACGCCUCCGCCUCGCACGGAGCUGCCGGACCUUCAGGCCCCACUGGACCUCUUCGAUGACAAGUCCUGAGGGCCGGCACCGUGGCAACCCCUCCGCCUCCUCCUCACACACACACACACACACACACACACACACACACACACACACACACACACACACACACAGACACACAAGCACGUAAACACAAAGGUUUUGACCUGCGUAAUGACAGUGGACUCGAGAACUCCAAAGUGUUGUAGAUGAAGCGGAUCACUGUGGAUCUGCUCACACCGGCUUUGGGAGCAGAAGAAAAAGCCAAGCCCUGAAUCUUCCAUGAAAAACGUAAUUCCUCGGUAGGUUCUAUGUUCAUCAAGGCUCUGUGAAGUUGCGCUCGCACUUGCGGGUCCUCGUUUUCCAUUUCAAAUGGUUCGCGGCAUGUUUCCCGGGUUUGGGGGGGACGAGGGCCCCGUCUCGAGGAUCCGCCACUUGUUCUUCCAGUGUUUUGUUCCUUAUUAGAAAAGCCAAUUGCCCGAAUUCCAGAGUGCCUGAACGUUGGCCAGCGGACGCGACUGCAGCUGGAUCACGACCAAAGAAUCCGAACCGCUGGCGCUUUGAAGCAAGCGCUGAAUAAUCCCGAGACCAGAAGCAGAACUUCCAUCCGCCCCCGCGACCACCCUCUGCCGCGACGGUGUUCCCCGUUGUCACGUCGCUACGGCCGUCCAAAAGGGAAAGCGGGCUCACCUUUCAAUGCUAACCCCCCUUCUGCCCAACGUUAGCCACGCUCAGCGCAACUACUACAAGCUGAGAUUUGCACAAAGGACAAAAUUGAAAAAAAAGGACAAAGUUGAACUCGUGUUAGCGUAGGAAGACAAAGGGAACGCGGGCGUUGAAUUGGCUUCGGAAUAUGACAUUCGCGUGCUACAUUGCUCAUUAGCCUAGCCGCUAACCGCUAACUAGCUCGACAACAUCCUUUCGUCCCCCCCCCGACGGCAUCUCGGCCGUAUGAACGCGCCGAGCGAAGCUUUGAGGGCGGCGGGGGGCCGAUCCAUUGAAUGAGUAGCAUCGAAACGCCAUGAAGCCAAAAGUAUACAAUCUAAGGCGCAAUAUCGUGAGAAAAUGCACAUUCCGCAGCCUACGACAACCGCGAGCCAAAGCGUACAAACUCCACGACCAAUACUCGCAUUUGCACAUGUAGUCGGGAGAACCAGAUCGCAACCGAGUUUCGAGUUGCCAGCGCAAGGCCGAUGGGAGGCGUGCGAUUGCUCCAAGUUUGAUGGGGGGCCAAAUCGGGACUUCUUGAACUGCGAUUCAACGAGCCUUCGACCGAGACGGGAAGGUGGAAUCGUUUCCACGAUAACGUCAAUCAUUUGAUGACUGGACGUUUGUUGUACAAUAUGAGGACAAACUCGGCUACAAACGGCGUGACGUGUCUGCGUGCACGAAACACGGAAUUGAUGUACUGUAGUUUCUUGGUAGUGUGUCGCUAUUAAAAUGCCGCUCAAGUUGACCCCUGUCGGUGUGAUCGCAUUGCCCCCCGCCGCUGGAUUUGGAGUCACCAAAACCUCAAGCCGACAUUUCAUAGAAUACAAAUACUGUACGUGAUAAUCACGACGAAUAAGCCAACAAGUCACCUCAAAAUUAAAAAAAAAAUACAUUAAAAUAAAGCAACACCUACGGAUGGAAUAUUUCAAAUAAAA